GCGAUACCGACGAGCCGCGGCGGCUUGGAGGGCUUAGCAAGGUGUACCCGUACGAGAUGCUGCCGUGGCCUCCGAUGCUCAAAGAUUUCGCCCAUUAAUUGUGUCUUCACUGCCAGAUCAAAUGCAAGUUUGCUCUUGAUUCUGUUGGAAAGGGAUCUUUUGUCAUGAAUCCAUUGUAGAAAGGUAAUAGUUGAGCACCAAGGGACAAUCUAAAUUACUCAUCAUGAUAUUUGCAGGUAGUAAUUACUUGAACAUCAACUUUUUUUCUUCUAUUCUUCUCCUUUGUUUUGGUAUAAUGAUGUGUUGAUGCCCACUGUUAUCUAUCCUAUGUAGAGGUGUGGGACUGGAUUCAGGAAAUAUAAAAAAUAGGAUGCCCAAAAUAAAGCAUUCUCUAUUCGCAAGCUAUUACUUAUCAUAAUGAUCAAGGAUGUACCUUUAAUUAUCCAUUUGUGCUAUGCAUACAUGUUCAGUCUGGAACAUAAUUCUGUCUUCCAUUGAUUGAAGAGAGUACAAUAUGGAUGCUCUGAAGAGUACUGUAUGUAGACUUCUUACUUAUAGAAUGUGCACACAGUUGCUUAUCUGACAUUUUGACAUGUACACUCGCAACAUUUUUCUUCUUCAGAUUUUCCGCACAUUUGACUCCAAUAACAAAUUUAGAUGUUGACCGUCUUCUUAACAACUAAAUGUGAGAUAGCAUAUCAACAAGUUUCCUUUCAUACAGACAAAUACAUGUACAUGUCUUUUCAUCAAGUCUCAGCAAAGCUCAAACAAGUCAUGGCUGUUUCAACAAAUGUCAGUCCUUUCAUAAUUUUUUAUAUAAUUGAAGAUCUAUCAAAAAGACAUGGUAGCGCUGUGGUUUGUUAGCCCAAGGUAAUGGUAGGUCUGUAUAAUUGCCGGAUUGGCCAUAGAAGUCUUACAAGUAAGGAAAAAACAGUAGUAGUUCUGUAAAAUUUAUUCCUAUAAAUUAAUACUCCUGAGAUGACACCUCUCCUUUUUCAUUUUUUUAGUUGGAUUUAAUAUCAAAUUGUCUACAAUAAUUUUGUUUAACUACAAUCUGAUGCAGAAGAGUUCUGUUUAGUUCUCAGAUUAUAUUUUGCCUUUCAAGGACUGCAGCAUGAUUUACUGAAUCAUCUACAACAGCACAGACAGGUUCUGUCAUACCGAUUUAAUGGCUAGGAUUUGAGAUGGCUUACUGCAGUUUGAUUACCGAUUCAUCUACAGCAGCACAGACAAGUUCUGAUCAUACCGAUUUAAUGGCUAGGAUUUGAGAUGGCUUACUACGGUUUGAUUACCGAUUCAUGUUUUAUUCUUUUGUAUCACGCAGCUUUCUCUGUGUACUGUUGGGAUAAAUUUCAUGAACUAUGUAUCUUGUUUUAAUGACUAGGAUUUGAGGUUAGUGGUCAAUGCACAAUAGAUAGCUUUUGGUCAUCACCAUCAGGACAGAAAAAUACUUACCUCUGCUUCAUUUGUUUUAUAUCCUAUGUGCUGUAGAUCAAGGUUUCUUCUUUUCCUUUCUAGCUACCACUGCUGCAUUUGUUACUGUAUGUGCUGUCAUGAUCCUUGCUUCACUGACCGUGUUGAUUUUCCAGAUUUGACCAGGUGUUGUGUUCUUUUUUUGGCCUUGUGCCGCUUACAUCUUGUGCUUGCGUGUGGACAGGAUGUGCGUGCUUGUUUCCGUUGUUAUACCUGUUUUGCAGCCCCCAUCGACAACACACUGAGCUUUGUUCGUUGUUCCUCGAACCGUUACUUUUAGUUUUAGCAAAGGAGAAACCCACGCCGUCUGGCCGACAACUAACAGGUAAUUCCUCUUCUGAUUUGAUAGUAGAUGUGAAUCAGCUGUAUGAUUGCAGUUUAUAAAAACAAAUAUGUCCAAAUUAAAAAAUGCGCUUCUCGGACAACCACUCGGGGGUCCUACAUAAUAACACUUGCUUUGGAAAAGCGGCAACCCAAAAAAACUUAAAUGCUGGCUAUACUUUCUGUCCUAUACUUAUUUGUCAUGAUAGAUGCAACACUUUGUAGUAUGGUACUCCUACUAGUAUUUCAAAGUUGGUUUCAUCAAUUACUUCACCAUCUCUUCAUACUUGAUCCAUUGUGUGCUUGGACACCCAGUUCUACAAACAAGUAACCCAUCUGAAAUCAUGCAUUUUGGUUUUGAUUUCCAAUCAAAUCAGCAAGCUAGAGAAAAUUACUGGAUCGUAAUGUUAUCUUCGAACAAAAACCAUCAAACUAUUGUUAGCUAGAAGAAACUGUACAGGUGUUUAAUUCAUGUGAAAAAAAGGAUGCAGAGAUCGGCCAAAAGCUUCAAACCCGCAUGAAGUGUAUGCCUCCUCCUCAAGGCACCCCAGCUAUCAAAGCAGCUACCAGGAAGCAUCGUCACUUUCUCAACAACUGGCUGCGCAAAUGAUCCAAGCCAGAAUUGGCAAUCAACUCUUUAUAUUAUUGCAAGUGUCAAUAUUAUUCCAGGUCCAACUGCUUCGCCCGCAAGGCACGACGCAGCUAUAAGUCGACCACAAACAUCAUGAUCAUAAUCAUCUACUCGUAUUUUGCCCAUACAUCGGCAAGUCCACCACCAAUCAUCCAGUCUACACGUACAACCAAGAUGAAGCAGACCGUCGUGCUGUACCCGGGCGCCGGCGUCGGCCACUUCGGGUCCAUGACGGAGCUCGCCCACGUCUUCCUCAACCACGGCUACGACGUCACUAUGGUGCUCAUCGACCUGCCCGUCAAGUCCUCCGACUCGGGUGCCGCCGCCGUCGAGCGCAUUGCCGCCGCCAACCCAUCCAUCUCCUUCCAUGUCCUCCCGUUCCUCCCAGUCCCGGACAUCGCCGCCUCCGGCAAGCACCCUUUCAUCCACCUGCUGCAACUGCUGGACGACUACAACGAGCUGCUCGAAGCCAUCCUCCGCUCCAUCCCCCGGGAACGCUUGCACUCCCUCGUCCUCGACAUGUUCUGCGUCGCCGCCAUCGACGUCUGCGCCAAGCUCGGCGUCCCGGUCUACACCUUCUUCGCCUCAGGCGCCUCGUUCCUCUCCGUCAUGACCCAGUUCCCGGCGCUGAUCGCCGGCAGGCAGACGGGCCUCAAGGACCUCGGCGACACGCCCCUCGAUUUCCUCGGCGUUCCGCCCAUGCCGGCGUCUCAUCUCGUCAGGGAGCUGCUCGAGCACCCGGAGGAGGAGAUGUGUAAGGCCAUCACCAACAUGUGGAAGCGCAACACGGAGACCAUGGGCGUUCUGGUGAACACGUACGAGUCGUUGGAGUGCCGGGCAGUGCAGUCGCUCAGGGACCCGCGCUGCGUCCCAGGCCGGACCCUGCCCCCGAUCUACUGCGUCGGGCCGUUGGUCGGCAACGGUGCGAAGGACGACGACGGCGAAGCAGCAGUGAGGAACGAGUGCCUCGCGUGGCUAGACGCGCAGCCGGAUCGCAGCGUCGUGUUCCUCUGCUUCGGGAGCAAGGGCACGCUCUCCGCAGACCAGCUCAAGGAGAUCGCGGUCGGCUUGGAGAGGUCCGGGCAGCGGUUCCUGUGGGUCGUGCGCACGCCGGCCGGGUGUGAUGACCCGAGAAAAAUCCUGGAGGUUCGCCCCGAGGCGAACCUCGACGCGCUCCUACCGGCGGGUUUCCAGGAGCAGACCAAGGACAGGGGGCUCGUGGUCAGGUCAUGGACCCCGCAGGUGGACGUUCUCUGCCACCCGGCGACCGGCGCGUUCGUGACGCACUGCGGGUGGAACUCGGUGCUGGAGGCCAUCGCGGCGGGAGUGCCGAUGCUCUGCUGGCCGCUGGAGGCGGAGCAGAAGAUGAACAAGGUGUGCAUGACGGCGGAGGACAUGGGAGUGGCGGUGGAGCUGGCGGGGUACGCGGAGGGCUUCGUCACGGCGGACGAGCUGGAGGCCAAGGUGAGGCUGGCGAUCGAGGCCGAGGACGGCGCGCAGCUCAGGAAGCGAUUGACGGCUCGCAGGGAGGAGGCGAAGGCGGCGCUGGGGGAAGGAGGCUCCUCGCGGGCGGCGUUCGUCCAGUUUCUCCUGGACGUGGAGAAUAUCGGGGUGCAGCGCGGCGAGUGACAAAUUCCCAGCCACUCUUGUACGUACUAGUACUUUGUUAUUUUUGUUUGACAACUUGACAUUAAGAACAUCUACAACCACACAUAAUAAAUUUGAGCCUCUAAACAUCUGUGAACGGCGGCUGUCCGCAUCAAUCCCCAUAUUUUACGCAUCACAACCACGCUACCCACUUGACGAGUGUCAAUUUUUAUACAAAAGCAUACGACCUCCAUGAUCUAGAAUUAGCAAACUACCACCUACUACUCGCCAUCGGAUAUGUCAAUGCCGUUCGUGCCGGAGCCGCCGGUCUCGUGGUAUUUAGCGGCCGGGCGAAGCGGCGACGCCUCCUCGUCAUUCUUCUCGGACGCAAAUGCCUUCUCAAGCUCCAUCUCCAUUUACACAUAAUUAACAACUUUUUCGAGAAGAUGAAUAAAAUUGUCGGCCCCGUCUCGCGCCAGCCC